AGACAUAGCUUGUGCAAGAGUCCCCAACCCCAAUUUUUCUGUCUUAAUAUUUUCUGAUCCCUUCGUCCUUCUUCUCAGAUACUUGUCAUUGAUGGUAUUGGUCCAGGUCAGGGUGUGGGAGUUGUGUUGUAGAUAUAUCCAUUGGGACUUUGGCCCACAUCUCUGUACUUUGAUUGGUUUUGGCUUUCUGUAAUGAUCUUCAUCAGUUGCAAAGUUGCCUUGAUGAAGGUGAGGACUACGCUUCUCUCUUAAAACUUGUGCUGCCAUUUGAAGAGAACUAAACCAGAUCAUUUCAUUUCUUUCACGGGAUCAUCUGGACAGCAGCCACCUUGAGAUGGGGACUUCGAGACCUGAGGAUUAUGAAAUCUUUGUUGAGUUCCAUGGAGUUCUAAUGGAUAAACGGUUCACCAAAUAUUGGGAUGAUGUUGAAACAUUCUUGGCAAGGCCAGAUGAUAUUGUCAUUGCUACUUAUCCUAAAUCUGGUACCACAUGGGUUAGUGAAAUUGUAUAUAUGAUCUAUAAAGAAGGUGAUGUGGAAAAAUGCAAAGAGGAUGCAAUUUUUAAUAGAGUACCUCACCUGGAAUGCAGAAAUGAAGAGUUAAUAAAUGGAGUAAGACAAUUAAAAGAGAAGGAAUCUCCCAGAAUAGUGAAAACUCACCUGCCACCCAAGCUUCUUCCAGCAUCAUUUUGGGAAAAGAACUGCAAGAUGAUCUAUGUUUGUCGGAACGCCAAGGAUGUGGUGGUUUCUUAUUAUUACUUUUUCCUAAUGAUAGUGAGCUAUCCAAAUCCUGAAUCCUUUUCAGAAUUUGUGGAGAAAUUUAUGCAAGGACAAGUUUUGUAUGGUUCGUGGUAUGAUCAUGUAAAAUCUUGGUGGAAAAAAAGUAAGAAUUCACAUAUAUUAUUUGUGUUUUAUGAAGACAUGAUAGAGGAUAUCAGAAGAGAAGUGAUAAAAUUGAUAGAAUUCCUAGGGAAGAAGCCCUCAGAGGAGCUCAUAGAUAAGAUCAUUCAACACACUUCAUUCCAGGAGAUGAGGAACAAUCCAUCUACCAAUUAUACAACAAUGCCAGAGGACAUGAUGACUCACAAAGUAUCGCCUUUCAUGAGAAAAGGAAUCGUAGGAGACUGGAAGAACCACUUCACAGUAGCACUAAGGGAGAAAUUUGAUGAGCACUAUGAGCAACAAAUGAAGGAAUGCACCCUCAAGUUUAGAGAAGAGCUCUGAGAUGCUUCCUUUUCUUGUAUCUGAAAUUGGAACAUUCUUCAAUUUAUCCUCCAGUUUCUGCUGGUUUGCCUGUCGGUAGAAGUAGAAGUCUUUUGAAGUCUUUUGGAGAAGUCUUUUGAAGGCUGAGAUUUCAUUUCUUUCUCUCUUUUUUUUUUCAAACUUCCAUAUCAAUUUAAUUUCUGCCAGCAAAUUAUUUUGACAGCAAAACCACAUUUUCUUAUAUAUAACAUAAGCAUUGUCCUCUUAUAGUAUUCAAAGAUCUCUAAUAAAAAUAAUUUGAUGUCUCUAUAUUUAGAUAUUCAUAUUACAAUAUAAAUGUUUUCUUGGUGAUACAAAGAUCAACAAAUAUAAAGAUGCUUUGAGAUUGGCAAGUAGGUAACCUUUUGAUUGUGUUUGGAAGCCAAAUAUAUGCAAAACUAUAUGAAGAAAUUAAAGCAAUUUCAAGAAUUAUGAGGUCACUUGAAGAUAACACCUAAAGACUCACAAAUAAAAAAAUAGUUAAACUGAAA